AUGUCUUCUGACAAAAGCACACCGCCAUCUUCACCGAUCAAUGGUAGCCCUGCCGAAGUCAAAGCAGCUGCCGACGGGGACAAGGAAGUGCAAGAUGAAAAUAAAAUGGAGGUAGACGGAUAUGACACCGAAGCGAUGGACUAUAAAUCGCGGGCGCUUACAAACCUCCUCAAAACAAGCUCGGUAUUCGUUGCAAUUAUGGCAGACAAGAUGAAGCAAGAGCAGAAGCGCAAUCAAGAACAGGCUCGACGGGCUGCAGCGAAGCAGAGGCAUGAAGCUGCCAAGGCUGCUGAACCGAAGGCCCCAACGAGAAAAUCUGCAAGAACACACGCUCAGGACGAGGACAAUGCAGGUGGGCAGGAGAGAGGCCAGGAGGAGAAGGCCACUCGAAGUCGGGGACGUGCCGCCAAGAAGGUGAAUAUUGCGAAGAAGAACAUCACUCAUUACUUUGACUCAGAGGCUAUUAAGGCUUCGAAAGAGGGUCCAACAGUCCAGGAAGCGCUGGCAGAGGCUGCCGACGAAUAUGAAGGUCAGGGACUUGGGACCCAGGAUCUUGUCGCAACCGAGCAACCCUCUCUAGUCACUGGUGGAAAAAUGAAGCACUAUCAACUUGAAGGUCUAGAGUGGUUGAAAUCGCUUUGGAUGAAUGGUCUCUCUGGCAUCUUAGCGGACGAGAUGGGUCUUGGGAAGACAUUGCAAGCGAUUUCAUUGAUUGCAUUCUUCAAGGAGAACAAUAUCUCAGGACCCUUCUUGAUCGCGGCUCCCCUCAGUACUGUACGAAAUUGGGUCGAAGAAUUUAAACGCUGGACCCCGAGCAUCAACACGAUUCUCUACCAUGGCAGCAAAGACGAGCGCGAGGUAAUGAGGCGGAAGAAUAUGAAGAUGCAAGAUCAAUUCAAGUACGAGUUCCCCGUUGUUGUCACCAGCUACGAGAUCUGCAUGAAUGAUCGAAAGUUCCUGGCAAACUAUCAAUGGAAAUACAUCAUCGUGGACGAGGGACAUCGCUUGAAGAACAUGAAUUGCAAAUUGAUCAAAGAAUUGAUGACAUACAACUCUGCCAAUCGACUUCUGAUUACGGGCACGCCCCUCCAGAACAACAUCGCCGAGCUUUGGUCGCUUCUGCACUUCUUGCUGCCCGAAGUUUUCAACGACCUCGAUAGCUUUGAGCGGUGGUUCGACUUCUCCAGUGUGUUGGAAGGCAAGAAGGAUGCAGACGAGAAAACGUUGAGACGUAGGGAUAGCCUCGUGUCGACUAUGCAUGCCAUUCUUAAGCCUUUCCUCCUUCGAAGGAUCAAAGCGGACGUGGAGUCGGACCUUCCCAAGAAGCGGGAGUACAUUCUAUAUGCACCUCUGACCUCGGAGCAGAAAGAAUUGUACCGGGAGAUUUUAGCAGGCACAAGCAGAUCAUAUUUGGAAGAGAAGGCCGCCGAGCGCAUUGAGGCCAGAAGUCGGACUGCUUCACUCAAGCGAAAAGCAACCACUAGCGGGCGGGGGACACCUGCGAAGAGCUUGAAACCAAGUCGAGCCUCAACACCAGCCUCGGUUGUUUCCACCGGCUCCAUUCGACGGGGCCGCAAAGCAGCGCGCACAAGCUAUCGAGAUAUCACCGACCGGGAAUUCAAUGCUCGACUUCGGCGGAUUGAACAGGGGGAUGAAGAUGUCAACCUGGACCGUGCUUCUUCAUCAGCGGAUUCGCAAGAAAUCUCUUCCGAGGAAGCAGAAGAGCUCGAAAAGGCUCAAACGCUCAAACUUGCAAAAAGGGAGAUCGCUUCCAAAAAGCUGCAGAAUCCCGUGAUGCAAGCACGUCUCGUCUGCAACAGUCCGCACAACUUCUACUGGCCCUGGCAACCUAGUACGGCCGCCGAAGAGAAAUCAGGUGACUACCCACACGUUGAUGAAAGCCUGGUCACGGCGUCGGGAAAGAUCCUUCUGCUCGACACACUUCUCCCUCGGCUCUUCCGAUUAGGGCAUAAAGUCCUCAUCUUCAGCCAAUUCAAAACUACACUAGACAUUUUGGAAACCUACGCCGUAGAGCUGCGCGGCUGGAAGGUAUGUCGCAUUGACGGCUCGGUUGCCCAAGAAGAGCGCUACGAACAAAUCACCAAGUUUAACACGGAUAAAUCUUACAACUUGUUCCUCCUAACAACGCGAGCUGGCGGGCAAGGGAUCAACUUGACUGCAGCGGACACGGUGAUCCUAUUUGACUCAGACUGGAAUCCACAGCAGGAUCUACAGGCGAUGGAUCGCGCACACCGUAUUGGUCAGACGAAACCCGUCAUUGUGUAUCGUCUUGCGACGAGGGGAACUGUGGAAGAGACGUUACUCCUGAAGGCAGACACGAAGCGGAAACUCGAGAAAUUGGUCAUUCAAAAGGGCAAAUUCAAGUCUCUUCUUUCGUCCGGCGCCGAUGCGGAUGACAUCAGAGGUGCGCUUGUAAAUGACGAAUUCGAGAAGUAUGACGUCCCGCAUUUGGAUGAGGACGAGGACGCAGAUGGGCAAGGAAACCGCAAAAAGAGAAGGCCAAUCUUGAGCGAAGAGGAGAUAAGGAUCUUGACGGAUCGGAGCGAUGAAGCGUACGAGCGGGCGGCAAAGGGAUUGGAUAUAGGAGGCGAGGGAAGUGCGUUCCAGGUUGCUGAAACGAAAAGAGGAGGGACGACGACUGAUGUCCUUGAUGAUUUGACAGUCAGGAGUAAACCACAGUGA